GGUAGUGGAGUCCCACCACCGGAACGUGGGUCUACUGUUUCGCUUGACUUGGGUACACUCAAAUGGAAGCCAGGUAUACCUGAAGAGAACUCAGACCUUGUGGAGUCGAUCAAUUCGCUUGGAACUAGAAUAUUUUUUGACUUCUGCCGUGAUGAGUUCUGGGCCAAUCAAGUUCAGCAGAAAAUCCAGAACAAAUUGGCCACUAUUCAUCUUCCAUAUUUUAUUGAGAAGUUGGAAUUGUCUUCGCUCACAUUGGGGUCAACUGCGCCGCGUAUUGUAGGUGUUUAUGCACCGAUAUUAAACGAAUGGGGAAUAUGGGUUGAUCUAGAGAUGAAGUAUGGCGGCGGUAUUCGGUUAGUGCUCCAAACAAGCGUAAACCUGGUGAAACUUCAGGGCGGUGCUACUAAAGUGGAAGCCGCGCGAAAACUGUCGCGUAUCACAGAUGCCAUGGCAAGAAAUCCUUCACGAUACUCUGACGAAGACUUGCCGGAGAGUCCUGAAAGUAGUCCUGAUGAGGAUUUUGGAGCUAAAAAUAAUCCUGAGGAAACCACUGUUCGGGAGAAAACGGGAAAGAAAAUUAUUUCAAUGGUGGAACGGGCUGCACAAAGCACAAUUUUCCAAAAAGCGGCUAAAUUACCAAGAGUGGCUAAGGUACGUCAUACGUUGUUAGGUUGUCUCAACUGUUGA